AUGAAACACCUUUGUACUCGGUUGGACAAGAGUAACAUGUAUGGUUUUAUUGAUCCUAAUUUCAUUCAACCACAAACUGAUCGAGCUGGUUCUCAGUCUUACAUAACUGAAAAGCUGGUUGAGAAUGAGAAAGACUGUUUUUUUGUACCUUACUUACACAAUCAUCAUUGGCAAUUGCUCAUUAUUGAGCCAAAAACACAAAAUGUAAUCUUCCUAUGUUCAAAGGGGUUGAGACCAGAUAAAAAUAUUGUUCUUAUUGUUGAUUCAGCUAUAAAUGGAUAUAAUAUGUUGAAAGGUUCAAGAAAACAGAGAAAGCCAACAUGGAAAACUACUCUCACAUGCCAAAGACAAUCUUUCAAUCAUGAGAGUGGUUAUUAUGUUAUGAUACAUAUGUUGAACACUGUAUCUGCCGGUAUUGUUAAUUCAUGGAAUCAGGUAUUUGGAGACUCAACACCAUUUCACGAGGACGAAGUUUCGAAUGUUCAAGAACGUUUAGCAAAUUUGAUUCUUGAAUUUGUAUGA